UGUGCCAAGCAUUGUCAAGUGACGAAAAAUGUCAAUGCCACAUAUCUGCACCAUUCCGCACGAGACUUCUCGUACAUAUUUGCCGUACAAAGAAGGCAGUAAAAAUGUAUUUCAAAGGUUCUACAGGUGUUUUCGACAUUGGUGCAUGGUUUGGAAAGGACAUCCGCAUUUCUCUCAUUAUUAUAAGAGCACCACGGUCUACUUGGAAGAACGUAAAUCCCAUGCUUCUAGCAAAUAUUUCUACAUUAUACAUCCUAUGAGCAGAUUAUGUUUUUGUAUGGAGGUGUUUUAUAUUUUUUCCUACAUAUACGCUUUUCUGUAUUACCCAAUGUUAGCGUCUUUCCAAGAUAUUUAUGGAACUGAUUACAAGUUUGACGAAACCGAGAAGAUUUUUCAUGUUAUUUUCACUUUGGAGAUUAUUGCUAGACUUUUUAUUGGAAGAACGAAUUUUGCGCUCAAAGUUAUAACCCUGGAUCAAAGAAAAAUAAUCAGGUACUCAAAGUAACUGCACACAUGGGAUUCCUGAAUUUCUUCAUAAUAGCAACCAUAGGCUUCCACUGGUUUGUAUGCACCUAUUACGGAGUACAUGCGCUGGGCGGUGUGCUGAGAAAUCAGUAUCUUGCUAAAUACACAUGGAUAUUUCGGUUCCAAGCGAAAAAUGUUUCUGGAUCUACUUACAUUGAAACAUCCUUCAGAACAAUGGGGAUUC